AACAAGGCAACGGCUAAAAAGAAGGCGCGCAGAAUCGCAUCAUUGAGCAUAUCAUUAUACGUGAUUUUCUUUCGGCGAGAGGCACAUUUUUCACUCCACCACGUGAUGCUUGUAUCAUUUUAUUGACGUUAUGACUUUGUGCAGUUAUAUGCAACGUACAGUACAACUCUAAGUCGGUGUAUACUCGCAUAUUGUAAUGUGUCUCGUUCAAGCGCAAUGUAAAAUCGAUUAAUUUAUUUAACCUCGAUAUUGUUUCAUUUAGAUUACUACCAAAAGCAAGAGAGAGAUAACAAUGCAAGUAUAUACUCGCCGAUCUGCGCAAACGCGAGCUGUUAAUUCUUCAUCGAGAAAACGCUGCGCGCGGGCAGCUUACACAGCAAGAAAUUCAUAUAGGCAUAACGCAUAAAAACUUGCAUCCGUCGUUAAGGAAAAACUUGCAAAAAAGUUGUAAAUUAUUUAAGCAACGGGUAUCGAUGCGCGAGAACUGUACGCUAUAUUGUGCAUUAUUAUACGCCUUGCAGUUAUUGUGGCGCUGCAGCGAGUGUUCCGCGAUUUUUCAUUUCAGUUUAAUAAGUAUAAUAGCAUUGCGCAAAGAGAGAGAGAGAGAGAGGGAGAGCGCGCGAAGAAGACGAAAAAUGCUCGACAAUUUAAUACCAAAAGCGUAAGGCACAUUCUUCGCUCGAUAGCGGCUGCAAACACAAGGAGUGAAAACCGAUAAGACUCCUGCCGGAUAGACAUCGCAGUAUAGUGAUCCGCUGUUGAGCCGCGUGCGUGCGUGCGGACGCGCGCGCGAUUUCAGUCUUCUCGUUUAUAAUUAUUGUACAAGACGCACUUCUUGGCACGAUGUUUCGCAAGGUCGUCCACUAUUCCAUUGUACUGCUGCUCGUUUCUGUGAAGCUGAGCGUCGACGGACUGGUCAACGAAGGGGAUGUUGCGGGAAAAGGGGAGGCAUUGAUCACCCAACCCGUUAACGUCACUACUGCCGCACCUGUCUUAUCGGAACACGGCCAAGAUAUCAGUGAUGCCGUGAAAAAAACUAAUGCCAGUUCUGACGAGCUACACAUUCAGGCGGCGACGAAAGAAAAUAAAACCAAUACAAUUCAAGAUAAGCCGCUAAUAACGAAUCAAACUGAUUCCACGCUCCUGUACAACACCACUGCUAAUUUGGAUGACGAAGGAAAGGUUGACCAAGUUCAUCCGCUGCAAAGUGUGAUUAAGAGCGACGGAAAUAAUAACGCGACAAAUUCGACCAUUAGCACAACCCUGAAACCAACGACGAAAAUCGGCGACAAUCCGAGUAACUCGGAAAAUGCUGAAACAACGAAAAGCGACAAAGAAACGACCCUUUCGCCAGAAACGACGACAAAUAAGAAAACAACGGAUCCUUCUUCAACGGUAUCUGUGGCGUCAACAAGCGAAUCGGUCACUCAAAGUAUUGGUACUUCAAAAUCGAGUACUGCGUCGACGUCCCAAACUACGGCCGUCACCGAUCCAGAAAUGGCGACCGUGACUUCGACGGUGGAAAGCUCCACCGCUGGAAAAACGACGGAAGAUCCCAAAGUUGAACCGACCCAAGCCAAGGAUCCGGGAAUGUCGUCGGGGAUCAUAGCGUUGGUCAUGGCCAUUGUGUUUGCCGUUGUCGUUAUAAUCGUCUACGUCGGUCUUCUCCUCUGGAGGCGUUAUCUUGAGUUUCGGUAUGGAAAUCGUGAAUUGUUGGUCAAUGAUUUGGAAUUCGAUACCAACGAUCUGCGUCACUUUGAGCUCUGAUGAUGACGACGCACACCAGUUAAACUCAUUGUUGAGGCAGAUGCUAACUACUAUCUGUAAGAAAAAACAACAACUGAUUGUUCUGUGAUAUUAUAAACGACUCGCUUGUAUGCGUCUAUUGAUUGCCAAAGUGGCACAACGUUAUAGUCCAUACACCUACUUCUUGAUUGUAUCAAGUCAUCGUUUUAUCUGCGCGUACGUUAUAUAUAUAUAUAUAUAUAUAUAUAUAUUAUAUAGAUAAAGUAAUUAAUAUAGAUAAGGCUCGACCAUUCAGAAGUUAUAUUUACACUUUAAAAUAUUUUUAUGACCAAGAACAAGAUGUUAUGUAUUAAUAAUUAAUAAUAGUUAAAGUUUUAUGAACAUCUAAGAAGAAAAGAAAGGCGAAGCGUAGAUUUUAUCAGCAGAUAAGAGAAGACAAAGCAAUCAGAACGUAAAACGAAUAAAUUACGAGAAAAUUAAGAAAUAGCAGUUAAAAAAGUUUACGCGCAAGCCUCUGAUAAAAUCGUCGAAAAGUAAUUAAUUUUCUACUUAUAUUAUUAGAAGUGUAUCAUAGUUACAUGGAUUGUACUAAACAUUUUUACUACAAAUGUAUUAGUAAUAAUAAUAUAAGUAUUAUUUUCAAUGUGUAUGUUUUUUUUUUUGUUAUACUUGAAAUAUUAAUUAUAAGAUUUGUAAUCAAAUGUUUAUAACGAAAAUGUUAUCUUUCAAAAGUUGUUCUACUGUUACAAGUCAGUUUAUAUCGAAGAAUAUUUUGAAAGUUUACCCCUGAUAAUUAGUAACCAACAGAAAAUGUUUUUUACAAGUCAAUAAAUCCUGUUAAUUCAACAA